UAAGUGAGGGGGACGUUUCCGGUCCUGUUAGGGGCGGCUGUUUGUCGGAGACGCCGCCGGUGGUGCUCACGCCUGUCUCCGCGGGAUGUAGCGACGAGGGCAGUCCGGCUUUGCAGAGCUGGAAUGGAAAGCUGGGUGGAAGUGUGAGCUGGCAUCCUGCAAAGUGCAUCAUUUUCUCCUAACAAUUUACUGCGAGAAUUCAUAAGGGUGCUGGAGAAGUCUGGUGGUUCUGCUUUUGCAGAAGUCCAGGUCUGGCGUCUGUGUUCUGACCAGAUGUCGUCCCGUAAAGGAUCAGCAACCAGCCAAGGAAAUGGGCCUUCAAAUAAUGGCAGAGGCAGGGAAGAUGUGGAACUGGCUGAACUUGGACCCCUGUUAAAGGAGAAAGGAGACCAAUUGGCAACUAAUUCAUCCAGUGCCCAAGACCAACCAUGUCCAGCAACCCAGGAAGAGGAGGAGGAGGUGCGGGUGCUGACUCUCCCUUUGCAGGCACAUCAUGCUAUGGAAAAAAUGGAGGAAUUUGUAUAUAAGAUCUGGGAGGGUUGCUGGAGAGUUAUCCCUUAUGAUGUGCUGCCUGACUGGCUGAAAGAUAACGAUUACCUGUUGCAUGGGCAUCGGCCCCCCAUGCCAUCUUUCAGAGCCUGCUUCAAGAGCAUCUUCCGCAUACACACUGAGACAGGCAACAUCUGGACGCACUUAUUAGGCUUUGUGUUAUUUCUUUGCCUGGGAAUUUUGACCAUGCUUAGGCCAAAUAUGUACUUCAUGGCCCCUCUUCAGGAAAAGGUGGUGUUUGGAAUGUUCUUCCUUGGAGCAGUGCUGUGUCUCAGCUUUUCCUGGCUUUUUCAUACAGUCUACUGUCAUUCAGAAAAGGUGUCUCGGACAUUUUCCAAGUUGGAUUAUUCCGGAAUAGCUCUGCUAAUUAUGGGGAGUUUUGUUCCAUGGCUGUACUAUUCUUUCUACUGCUCUCCGCAGCCUCGACUUAUCUACCUCUCCAUUGUGUGUGUGCUGGGUAUCUCAGCAAUCAUUGUUGCACAGUGGGACAGAUUUGCAACACCUAAGCACAGGCAAACAAGAGCAGGGGUGUUCCUGGGGCUGGGGCUGAGUGGUGUGGUCCCCACCAUGCAUUUCACCAUAGCAGAAGGAUUUGUGAAAGCCACCACUAUGGGCCAGAUGGGCUGGUUUUUCCUUAUGGCCAUGAUGUACAUAACAGGAGCUGGACUGUAUGCUGCCCGAAUUCCAGAGCGCUUCUUUCCUGGCAAGUUUGACAUCUGGUUCCAGUCCCACCAGAUCUUUCACGUGCUGGUGGUGGCUGCAGCCUUUGUCCAUUUCUAUGGAGUCUCCAAUUUGCAGGAAUUCCGUUAUGGACUUGAAGGAGGAUGUACUGACGACUCUCUUCUCUGAGAACUUUAGAGGACUUUGGUACAAGCUUCCCAAGUGCUUUUAAAAUUACUUCUUUGCUAAAAUCAAAAGAAGACUGAACUUUAAAAACAAAACCUGCAGCAUUGGCAAUGGCCAUUCCUGGCUUUCCUUCUCUCAGGAAGAUGGGAUGGGGGGUGGGGGUGGUUUGCCAACAGUGUCCAAUGGGUGGAAGUGCCUCCAGCAGCAGCAAGCAAGUCCCUUCUUGACAAGUGAGUUGACUGCUCACAGGAAUUACAUUGGCAGUUUUCUGGACACUAGAAAAACUCUGGCACCUGGCAAAAAAAGGAAAGGGGCUUGUUACCGGCUCUUUGAUGCUGCACACAUACCCCAUGCUUGAAGAAACUCUAAAUGUCUGUGACCCAUCAGAUACCCAUUUCUCCUUUGGAUCUGUAGGAGACGAGUUGCAUUUGAGUCGCAGGGCGCUGGCAGCUCACAGCAGGAGAGCUCAGAGGAGGAUGCAUAGGGCCAUUUAACUAGAGAUUUGUCUCUUUCUUGACAAAAGUAAUGUAUGCCUAAAAAGAGUAUUUAAUAUUUAAUAAGCUUUAAAAAAAAAAGUUGCGAUCCCUCCAGCAUAUCGUUCCUGGAGAGCUAUACAUAGUAUUACAAGUGGAGUGUUUAGAGGAUUGUAGAGCUGCUGUUGCUUUUAUGCCACGGUGACUAAAAUAAAACGUCUGUAACUUUUAAUGCUGGGCUGUUCAAGGGUUCAGCUCGAAUGCCUGCAGGUAAUUUUUUUCCCCCUGGAGGGACUGAAUGGGUUUUUUCCUCCCUUGAGCCCCACAAAACAUCUUGCAGGGCCUGCAAGGCUUGGCAUUUGGGAAUGUUUUACGCUUCUGUAUUUUGGCCCUGUGAACAUCUGGACUGAAGUGCAUUGCUAGUGUCCAUGUUCCCUGCAGUCGUCCGGCCUAGUGGGUCCUCCACCCCCCACCCCCCCACACACACAAAACACCCUCUUUCAUGGCAUUCCUAACUGUGUUUGAAGCUCCUGAGUUUAAAAAGCAUUUUGUGCUUUCAGGCAGAGUGGCUUCUGGAAGAAAGAGGGAAAGUAGGAGAAAUGAAAAUCCAGCUGCACGUAUCAAGUUGCUUGCAUGGUUCUCAGUGCUGUGACCAUGUUGGGGAAGCGUAAUGGUGGGUGUCUUCCCUUGAUGGCUUGUGGCAGAUCAGCAACUGUACGCCCUUCUCUCUACCUCCUAGAUAAUCCUUACUAGGCCGAUCCUGGCAGGGUAGCCUUCUGUACUUAUCAUGUGCCUGGGAUAUGCUUUGUCUAAGAAUUUUCAAAGGGGUGGACUUGCUUUGGCAUUUUAGAAACAUUGUGCUUAAGCUUCUCCAGUCCCCUUUAAUGAGAUUGUCUGUCUGCUGUGGAGUAGCUUCCUGCUGCUGGAAGUUAGGGAAUUCGAGCUGUUAAUCCACUUCGCCUGUAGGAUUUCCUUAUUAACAUGUCCAGUGUAAUGGGGGGGGAAGGUUCUUUUCUCUUUGCCAGCAGAAGUUAUGAGCUGGACCUUUUUUCCAGCUGUUGGUCUUUGGGGAAAGCUCAUCUUCUUUAUAAGAGGCCCUCCCAGCUCCUUACCCCAUUGAAGUUUGCUUCUAGCCUUUCUCCUUUGUGCUUGCUCUUAGGUUGUAGUCUAGUUAGAUGACUUUGCCUUUGUUUUUGUGCCCGUUGCAGUUGAAGAGGUGCAUUUGGUGGACAGGAUGGAAGAUGGUUACCUCUGCCAGUGUGCAGUUUUUUGUUACAUGAACUGCUCAGAACUUUGUAUCAUAUUUUACAAGGGAGUCCAUAUGUGCUUGGCUUUGUAGGCUUACAUUAAAUUGAGUACUCCCUGCUCAAACCAGGUGUAAAAUAUGGCUUCAGUUAAUACUAAUACAUGUACUGUAUGCUGCCAAGCCUAAACAUGCUGAACAUCCAUUCCAGUUCUAUUUCAGCCUCAGCUUGAGUUUGUGAGGGGCGGGGGGAGUAGAGAUUAAGCUGUUUGAAUAUAGAUGAAGUUAGCCUAAACCACCUCCAGGGAUUUAACAUUCUUUUGGGAGCUGGUAUGCACCCCAAACUAGCCUCCUAAAAGUAAGAUCAGCUCCUUUAAUCUGUCUGAAGGAGUCAGCACUUCUGUUACAGUGCUCUUCCCUGUCAGAGUGAAUGUCAUAAAUCUUCAGACUUGACAGAAGUCGGUGGAGGGACAGGGGCAACCUGGUGCCAUGUGGAUCGCUGUGCAGAGGUGGUUGCCCAGGUUUUCCCUUGUGAUGUAAAAGGAGUCCUCUGCAUUAUUUGCCGCUGCAAAAUAGGCUAAGCAACUAAAAUGCAGUCCAGUGGAUCACUUGAAGGGCCAGUUCUGUAUGGCAAGAAAAUCACUAGUCCUCCAGAUCCAUUUAAUUGUUUUUCAGAGAGGAAAGCUGAUGUGAAACCUCCCAAGGUAGCGACGGUUGACAUGGUUCUUUCUACCAAGUUUUUCACUGAGGAGCAAAAUGCCCUGCCAGGUUAUCAAGCUGAUGGGAAAUUAGAGAUAUAGUGUUUAAGGACAGGACUUGCAGCUAUUCCUACCCAGCAGUGGUUUUAUAAGAGUCCUGCUGUUCUUUCCUCACACCUGGCAUGCUGUGUUUCAGAGAUUCUGCCCCAUAACCUCACCUCCAUCGCAGCUACUCCAAAGAAGGCUGAACAAAAUAGACUGGUGCAAUCUACCUCAGGCAUACUAAAACCAUAUCAGUUCUGUUACUCCUUCACCAAAAGCUUUAUGACUGAGACAAUGCAAUUAAGUUGCAGAAUAAUCUCCUGCAAAUAACAGCAGCAUUCUAGCUAGGAGAGUCGUUUUUUGUGACGAGCUCUGCAAACCUAACGGUGUUUCUGCCAGAACAAGCUCAUGGACUGUUGUUUUAACAUCUGAGAUGAGCUGGGUCCUGCAUGGCUCCACAAUGGACAGUUCCAUUUGGGAACUUGUACUUCUGCAUGUGGUACUUUCUGCUCAAUGGAAAGUAGAAGAGAUUGUCCUUCUUUUGCCUAGUGCCAUGAGUCCCAUGCUGCAGGUGCUAUGGCCAGCACUUGCUCUGCCACUGCCCUGUCAGAGGGGCACAAGAUUAGCAUAUCUUGAGAUAAAAAUGUGUUCCUUUGGUGCCCCAGGGGAAUUUCUUAGCUUCAGCCAUUAGGAGGGUAUUGCAGCUGUCCCUUUAUUUGCCUUGUUUUUCCAUCUUCCAAAAUAGUUUUUGUAGCCACAUUGAGUCCACCUGGGUGAUUUUUUUCCUGUAGCUUUUAGAAGCAUUGAAACCUAACUAGGGCCCCGGUCACACGGGCAGGAAAAUGCG